AUGGAAGCUUCAAUCAAAGCUUUACAAGAAUCAAUCGAAGCAUUGAAUGCUAAGAUGGAUGAAAGACAACAAGAAGAUCUUGCUUAUAGAGCCAAGAUCCAACAAAGUUUCGAAGCUAUGAACACAAUGAAUACCGACUUAGCAACUAAAUUAUUGGAAUUAAAAACCAAAGAUGACGAAGAAAGAAAAGUUUUAAAAGAAGCAUCAAUUGAAUU